AUGAACAAAGGUGUUGCUAAUCGUGGAUGCUCGAUUCGUGUGGGGCAUGAUACCGAGAAGAAAGGAAAAGGUUACUUGGAAGACCGGCGUCCAGCAUCAAACAUGGACCCAUACAUUGUGACCGGACUUUUGGCAGAGACCACACUCCUCUGGGAGCCAAGAAGCACUUGCAGCUCAAAAGCUUUCCUUGAAUGUUUAAAUUAG